CGCCCGGCUAUAUAUAGCGGCCUGGCCCCGGGCCGGCCCAGCGCGCAGGGAGGCGCGCACCGCUCCGCAGGGUCCCAGCCCGGGUUGUGCGUCCUUCGGCCGCUGCCCGCCGCUCCAUGCAGCCCGGGUAGCUCCCCGCGCCUGGGGGCCCCGUCGCUCGCUUCCCGCUCCUCCGUCGGCCGCGCACUCCCUGCCCGCCCCAGGCCGUGCGCUCCCGCGGGCCGCCACAGGCGCAGCUCGGCCCCCCGGCUUCCCGGGCGCACGGACCGACUGACGGACGCACGGCCCGAGGGCGGGGAUGGCGGGGCCCGGGGCGGCCGCGGCGGCGCUGCUCCCGGCGGUCCUGCUGGCCCUGCUGGCGCCCUGGGCCGGUCGAGGGGGCGCCGCCGCGCCCACCGCACCCAACGGCACGCUGGAGGCCGAGCUGGAGCGCCGCUGGGAGAGCCUGGUGGCGCGCUCGCUGGCUCGCCUGCCCGUGGCCGCGCAGCCCAAGGAGGCGGCCGUCCAGAGCGGCGCCGGCGACUACCUGCUGGGCAUCAAGCGGCUGCGGCGGCUCUAUUGCAACGUGGGCAUCGGCUUCCACCUCCAGGUGCUCCCCGACGGCCGCAUCGGUGGCGUGCACGCGGACACGAGCGACAGCUUGCUGGAGCUUUCGCCGGUGGAGCGGGGCGUGGUGAGCAUCUUUGGCGUGGCCAGUCGGUUCUUCGUGGCCAUGAGCAGCAAGGGCAAGCUGUACGGCUCGCCUUUCUUCACCGACGAGUGCAAGUUCAGAGAGACUCUGCUCCCCAACAACUACAACUCCUACGAGUGCCACAGGCACCCCGGCAUGUUCAUCGCCCUCAGCAAGAACGGGAAGCCCAAGAAGGGGAACCGAGUGUCACCCACCAUGAAGGUGACCCACUUCCUCCCCAGACUGUGACCCCAGAACUCUGCCUCAGCCUCAGGAGGCCGCCAGAGGGGAGCGCCAAGGACCACCUGGGGGCACUUUCUUUGGAUGGACAGUUGAAUGCCAGAGUAGGUGUAAGAUAUUUAAAUUAAUUAUUUAAAUGUGUAUAUAUUGCCACCAAAUUAUUUAUGGUUCUCUGGGUGUGUUUUGUAUUUUUCUGGGGGAAAAAAAGAAAAAAACAACCCUGACUUUUCUGG